GGGCUGAUAUAGCAAAUGUUUGUAAUGAAGCUGCCUUGAUUGCAGCCAGAGAUUUAAAUGAAACAAUACAGAUGAACCAUUUUGAACAAGCCAUUGAAAGAGUUGUUGCCGGUAUGGAAAAGAAGACCAAUGUUUUACAACCUGAAGAGAAAAGAACUGUUGCCUACCAUGAAGCUGGCCAUGCUGUAGCUGGCUGGUUUUUGGAACAUGCUGAUCCUCUUCUGAAAGUUUCUAUAAUACCAAGAGGUAAAGGUUUAGGAUAUGCACAGUAUCUUCCCAAGGAACAGUAUUUAUAUACAAAGGAACAGCUUUUUGAUAGAAUGUGCAUGACAUUAGGAGGGAGAGUUUCAGAACAAAUAUUUUUUGGAAAAAUUACAACAGGAGCUCAAGAUGAUCUAAAGAAAGUUACACAAAGUGCAUAUGCACAGGUUGUUCAAUUUGGUAUGAAUGAAAAAGUUGGUCACCUUUCUUUUGACCUGCCACAGCCUGGAGAUGUUGUUAUUGACAAACCAUACAGUGAAGAAACAGCUCAGAUUAUUGAUUUAGAAGUUCGUAAUUUAGUAUCAAAAGCCUAUGAUGCAACUAUGAAACUGUUGCAAGAACGCAGGAAAGAUGUAGAAAAGGUUGCAUUGCGUCUAUUAGAUAAAGAGAUUCUAAGUCGAGAAGACAUGAUAGAACUUCUUGGCCCAAGGCCAUUUAAAGAAAAAUCUACAUAUGAAGAAUUUGUUGAAGGUACAGGUUCAUUUGAAGAAGAUACUACACUUCCAAAAGGUUUGCAAGACUGGAAUAAAGAACUGAAAGACAAAAGUCCAGAGCCUCCCACAAAAAAGGCACCAAGUGCAUUAAGUUAGUUGUACAGUUCACGAUUAGGAAUUUAGACUGAACAUUUUUAUAGAUUAACGCUGUCAAAAAUGUGUACAUAGAUAUAAAUUAUACUUUUCUUAUUUAAGUUGUG